AUGCCAGAUUCUUUGAAGACCCUAGAUGCUCGGAUCUAUGCCAUUCGGUGGCGCGGGUCUAUCUCGCUGUUGGAAUUACGGGCCACCCACCUCCGAGAUCAUCCCACAUGGUACAGGACUGUCAUAAAUGAAAUCAGGAAGCUCGUGAACGAAGUCGCAGAGAUCAAGUUUGGCGCACUUACUGAGGCCAUGGGUAUUGGGGCUCCUCACGAAGAGUUGGUCUGCAUUGCGGAUCAUUGCACGCUCUUCAAUCUUAUUGUCCAAGCACAGCUGCGGAACUUGAGUCAAGACGCGGAGAAGGCUGAAUGGGUGGCUUUCGUUUUGAUCGAGUACAUAAAUUCUCUGGACUUGAAUUCUGGGGAUUCUAUCCCAUGUUGGUCAGAUGGUGAAGAAUUCAUCUAUAGUGAGUGA